AUGUCAGCACCUAAGAUUCCACCUUCCAAAAUGAAGGACCUGAUACUGAUCCUGUGCCUCCUAGAAAUGAGUUCUGCAGUGCCGAUGUUUCCUCAGCAACCUGGGACACUGGGAAUGGCUAGUUUGAGCCUCGAGACAAUGAGACAGUUGGGAAGUUUGCAGAGGUUAAAUGCACUUUCUCAGUAUUCUAGAUAUGGCUUUGGGAAAUCAUUUAAUUCUUUGUGGAUGCAUGGUCUCCUCCCACCACAUUCCUCUUUCCCCUGGAUGAGACCAAGGGAACAUGAAACUCAACAGUAUGAAUAUUCUUUGCCUGUGCACCCCCCGCCUCUCCCAUCACAGCCAUCCCUGCAGCCCCAGCAGCCAGGACUGAAAUCUUUCCUCCAGCCCACUGUCGCAGCCGCCAUCCAGGCCACAGCCCUGGAAGGAGAGCCUCAGCCUCCCAUUCAUGUGGAACAGCUGCCCUUGGAGCAAGGAGAACUUCCAGCAAUGCAGCAGCAGGUGGCACCAUCAGAUAAGCCACCAAAGCCUGAGCUCCCAGGAAUGGAUUUUGCUGGUCCACAAGUUCCAUCAAUAUUCCAAAUAGCCCGUUUGAUAUCUCAAGGACCAAUGGCACAAAAUAAACCAUCUCCACUUUAUCCAGGAAUGUUCUACAUCCCCUAUGGAGCAAAUCAGUUGAACGCCCCUGCCAGGCUUGGCAUCAUGAGUUCAGAAGAAAUGGCCGGAGGGAGAGGAGGCCCUGUGGCCUAUGGAGCCAUGUUUGCAGGUUUUGGAGGCAUGAGGCCCAGCCUUGGGGGCAUGCCCCCCAAUCCAGCCAUGGGUGGAGACUUUACUCUGGAAUUUGACUCCCCAGUGGCUGGAACCAAAGGCCCUGAGAAAGGAGAAGGAGGUGCACAAGUUUCCCCUGUGCCAGAGGUCAACCCAACCAAUCCAGAAAACCCAGCUUUCAUUCCAGAGGUAGCACUUGGUGCCCACACAGGGCUCCUUGCUUUCCCUAAAGACAAUAUUCCUGGUCUGGCAAGGGGCCCUGCAGGGCAGAGGAAGGGACCCCCCAGGGUCACCCCAGCAGCUGCUGACCCACUGAUGACCCCUGAAUUAGCUGAUGUUUAUGGGACCUAUGGAGCUGAUGUGACCACACCCAUGGGACCUGAGGGAGAAGCCACCAUGGAUAACACAAUGACCCCAGAAACUCAGCAAACAUCAGUGCCGGAAAACAAAGCCCAGCAGCCCCAGAAUAUGCAUGAUGCACGGCAUCUCCAAGAGCCCUGA